AUGGCUAUUCAUAAAGAAAUAGAGAGAGGGAGAGAGAUAGACAUGCGAACUAAAUUUCUCAGGAACGAGCCACAGCCACAGCACACUCAACUACUCAACGGAGCGAAUGUAGUCACACUUCAGAAAGAGGGCUGUAAGGCAUGCAUUGCUAUAUUCGCGGAUAUCGGUUCGCGUUACGAGUUGGAAUUCGAAAAUGGAAUCGCGCACAUGUUUGAGCACAUGGUUUUUAAAUCUACGAAAGUCAUGUCAAGAAUGGAGUUGAGCAACAAUGUCAAUGCUUUAGGCAUGAAAUUACACGCAUUCACAACGCGAGAGCUGGUGGGCUACUAUAUAUACUGCCUGUCCGAUAACGUGUACCAAGCCAUCACGAUCCUCUCGCAGUGCGUUCUGAACAACGCGCUCAGCGUCGAGGAGCUCUCCUGCGAGAAACGAACCGUCUACGAGGAAAUCAUCAAGCAGGACAAAAACCCCAAAUCCUUAGUCUUCGACUACCUACACGCCACCGCUUUCCAAGGCACCGGACUAGCCAACACUAUACUCGGCACCACGAAAAACCUAUCCUCAGUAGAUUCGGUAGUAAUAGCUAGGUAUAUGCAGAGAAUGUUGCACCCCUGCAGAUUAUGCUUGUGUGCCGUAGGCGCCGUGUGCCAUGACCCGAUAGUCGAGCUGGCGAACAAGUAUUUGAGUUGGAACGUACCUUCUCCGUGUAAGGAAACACUGUACCGGUAUACCGGGUCGGAUGUUCGCUACAGAAACGACACACUGCCGAGGGCACACGUAGCUUACGCCCUGGAAGGGCCGCCUUUCAGUCACGUAGACACGGUUUAUAUGGAGUUGGCUGCUAAUUUGAUUGGUGGUUGGGAUAAAACACAAGUCGGCGACGUAAAUCAUGGAGUGGCGGUCGCUAGAAAAGCUGCGCUCGGUGACGUUUGUGACUCUUACAAAUCAUUCAAUAUUAAGUACAAAGAUACUUCGCUUUGGGGCGUUCAAUUUCUAUCUUCGUCGUUGGAUCUGGAAGAUAUGAUGUUCAAUAUUCAGGACACUUUGCUCGGCAUGUGCACGAUGGCUACUGAAGGCGAAAUGGAGAGAGCUAAAGAGCAAAUGAAGAGCAAAAUGCUACAGGACUGGGCGACAUGUUACGGGGCGGCGAAAGACAUGGCGAAGUAUACGUUGUACAACUGUUGUUACUGGCCUCCGUUGUCGGACAGGCUGGAGUUCAUAGACAAUAUAAAGCUGGAGGACUUCACGAGUACUAUGUACCGCUACCUCUACAAUAAAUGCCCGGCCAUUGCAGCGGUGGGCCCCACUGAAGGUCUGCCAGAUUACAAUAGGAUUAGAGCUAGUCAAUAUUGGCUUAGACUUUAG